AUGCCUCGUCCAUUGAUAAACGUCUUGAUCAGCAAUGCCGUUUUGGCAAUUUGUAGUUGUGUAGUCCUUGGUAUAGCAGCUUAUGUUGAACAUACUACUCGUAAGAUCGGAUAUAAGAGUUCGACAUAUACAUUCGAUGCUUUCGUUGGGGCUUAUACCUUGGUCGUACUUUUCGCUAUCAUCAUCCUUCGACUUGUUAAACCUGCUUGGAUACCAUUAUUCAAUGAAGUUAUCUUAUCUUUUAUCUUAUGGAGCUUUUGGCUUGCCGCAGCUGCAAGUACCACUUAUCAUACGAAAGACGAUAGACAAGUAUGUAAACACAUAGAUGAUUUAUUCGAUUUACCAGAAUUCGAAAAUGCCGAUCAAGAUGCUAUAGCUUUGGCAAAGAAGAUAUUCAAGUCAACUUGUAGAGACGUUAAAGCUCAAUUAGCAUUCGUUUGGAUUGGUUUCGUGAUUUUGACUAUCACGUCUGGUUAUUUGGCUUACUUAAUUACGAGAAGGGGUAUUUCCAUGUGGAAAUCGACUUUACAUUCGUACGAUCACGAUUCUCAUGCUCUCGCAAGUGAUCAUCACCCCCAUCAACAGGAUCCGUUCGCAGACCCAAUCGGAAGUCGACAAGGUCCAGUUGCAGGUAUCGCCAAUGAAGAUCCUGAUUUCAAACCAUAA